AUGCAUACAUACUUUCAAACCAACGACACCCCAGACAUUACCCCGCUCACCCUUUGGAUGGCCCAUAAACCGGUCAUCAGGGGCAUACUUAUAAGACGGGCAGCCCACCUCAAAAAACAGCAACAACACUCACAUAUACAGAAUCUCAAAAGAUUACAAGACCUACAUAGAACAAACCAAAUAACCCCCUCCAAGGCCACACAGGAUGAGAUCACUGACCUGCAAAAACAAAUCCACACUUCCAAUUUCCAAAAAGCAAGCUAUGCACUGAAAAAGCUCAAAGCGUCCACCUUUGUCAUGGGCAACAGAGCCAGCAAAACUCUGGCACAAAGACUCAGGGAUAAGCAAGCCCAAACCAGAAUCCCAUACCUACUCUCCCCCCAGGGACAGAAACUGCCCCAACCCACGCAAAUCUGCAAUGAAUUUGCAACCUACUACAGCUCCCUAUAUAAUUUAAAAGACAACCCACAAGUACCCCAGCCAACCCGCAGCACCAUCUCGGAGUACCUUGGCAGAAUUGACAUGCCCAGACUCCAAGCACACCAAGCAGUCAACCUCGCGGCCCCCAUUACCACCCUAGAAGUAACACAGAUCAUUGAUACCAUGCCAAAAGGCAAAGCCCCAGGCCCUGAUGGCCUCACCAAUCUGUAUUACACCACCUUUAAGGACGUACUAACCCCCUACAUCACACGUGCCCUCAACUUAGCCACGCAACAGGGAACCCUACCGCCCGAAUUCUUAGCGGCACAUAUUAUAACCCUACCCAAACCGGGAAAACCACCGACAGUCUGCCCAAAUUUUAGACCUAUCUCCCUACUAAACACCGACGCCAAGCUAUACGCUAAAAUAUACGCGGCUAGGCUCAAAGCACUCCUGCCCAGCUUGAUCUCGACAGACCAAGUGGGAUUCGUGGCAGGCAGACAAGGCCCAGACAACUCCCGGAAAGUACUAGAUAUACUUCACUACCUUAACCGCUCCAAACUACAGAGCACGCUCCUCUCCCUAGACGCUGAGAAGACAUUUGACCGACUCAAUUGGCAUUUCCUACAUGAGGUGUUGUCAAGAUACGGGUUCCCACCGGACUUCCAAAACAUGAUAAGAGCCCUGUACAGCACCCCAAUGGCAACGGUUCUAAAUUCAGGGUUCAGUUCUGCCCCCUUCACAAUAACCAACGGCACCAGGCAAGGAUUCCCCUUAUCCCCCUUGCUAUACGUGCUAGCGCUGGAACCACUAGCGAUAGCCAUCAGAAACAACCAAAACAUUAAAGGGAUAACCAUAGGCGACAGGGAGUACACACUUAACCUAUUUGCGGACGAUAUACUCCUCACAAUAUCCAAUCCGACAAUUUCACUCCCCAACCUCCACAAAUAAAUAAUGGAAUACAGUACACACUCAUAUUACCAGCUGAACCUAACCAAGACGUAGGCCAUGUGCAUAAACAUGUCCAAAUCGGAGGAGGAACGUUACAAACACAACUUCAAUUAUGACUGGAGGAACGACUACUUAACAUUCUUAGGCGUUAGGCUAACGAAACAUCACUCGAGCUUAUUCGCCACCAACUAUAUCAAGCUCCUCAAAGAAGUGGAGCAAACGCUACACUCAUGGAAAAACAAAUUCCUCUCAUGGCUAGGCCGCAUAGUGGCCAUCAAAAUGACGAUUCUACCAAAAAUCCUCUAUAUGUUCCGCUCCCUACAAAUCCCCAUACAGCAGACGUACAUACAAAGACUACAAUCCCUCCUGAUCAGAUUUAGCUGGGGAGGGAAACACCCUAGAGUUCCUCGAGCUUUACUAAUGAGACACCCGGAAAAGGGUGGUUUGGGAUUCCCUGACCUUAAGGCAUACUACCAUGCAACACAUAUCGCCAACAUGCUCCAAAUGCACUCCACCACAUACACCCCCAGUGGAUCUCCAUUGAAGACAGCUGUGGAGGACAAACAGACCUUGCAGCAGCUAUGUGGAUGCCUAGGAAACUGCGCAACAUUCCCCGAGACACCCUACCCACCACAAAACUACUAUACAACAUAUGGGACAACCACAGGACCGCAUUUUGCUCAGCCAGACCGUGGUCGAUGGCAACGCCACUAAAAACGAUCGCACUCCAUAACAACACAUUCCCUUACAGAGCAUGGCAAGCCCACAACAUCACACAUCUACACCAAAUCUGCACCGAAAAAGGCCCACUCCCGCUCUUAACACUGCAAACCAAAUACAAUAUCCCAACCAAACUAACAUUCUCACAUUGGCAACUGAAAACACUCUUAGACAGCACUACAGGCAACGAACCACCACCCCGAUUUGACCCCAUCCUCACACCAUUCGAAAAAAUGUGCCUACACCUCACCCCCACCCAAAAAACAUUAUCAGUGUGUUAUAGACACAUAAACGCACACAAGCCAGAUCCGGAGUGGCAAUUUAAAAAGGACUGGCACAGAGAUAUCAAUAGAACCCUCACACCAGACGAAUGGAACCACAUAUACGCUAACCAUAAAGGACUCACGUCGUGCGCCUCGCACCUAGAAGCCUCACAUAAGCUACUAUAUAGGUGGUGCAUGGUACCUACAAGACUUAAGAAAAUCUACCCUAACAUGAGUGACAAAUGCUGGAGAUGCCAGACCCAAACAGGAACCAUGUUACACAUUUGGUGGACAUGUACCCAGGUCCAACCGUACUGGACACAAAUAGCAGAGAUAAUAAGAGGGGCCACAGGAUGCAUCCUCGAACACAACGCUGAAACAUUCUUGCUCAAACUUCUGCCCACCAAUAUACCCCACAGCAUAACUAAACUGAUGUUCCUCACACUCACCUCAGCGUCCACCUUACUGGCAAAACACUGGAAAAAACCCCAGAUCCCCUCCACGGCAGAGGUGACAGUAAUGGUCACUACCACCCUGGACUAAGAGGUGAUUCUAUGGGAUCAAACAAAAAUAGGCAAAGGGAGUGCUACAGCGAAAACAAUCUGGACCACUUACAUAGAAAAGAAGAACCUCCAAGCUGCAGCUAG